AUGGAUGUAUUUUCGUUACUUAAUGUUUUCGACGAUGUUAUUAAUGAUGGUGAUGUUCAUCAUGCUGCAACUGUUGAGGUUGAGAACUUCUGGUUGAGGAAACUUCCUUUUAAUGUACAAAUGUUAGGUCAUUGUGAUGGGAUCAUCUGUCUACAAUAUCCCAACGACAUUAUUGUUUUAUGCAAUCCAGCAAUCAAGGAAUUCAAUCUUCUUCCCGAGUCUUGUCUUCUUCACCCUCCAUGGCCUCGCUGGCAUAUAGGUAUUGACAAGGGAGAAGAAAUCAUCACGUAUAGCAAUGCCGCGGGAUUCAGUUAUGAUUCCAAAACUAAACAGUACAAGGUUGUUAGAAUUGUCAAUUUUUUGCCUAGGCCUUCUAGUGAAGAAGAAGUAUGCACGCCUAGAAGAAAAGCAGAAGUAUACACCUUGGGUGCUAAUUCUUGGAGAGUGAUCGAGUGCGAUAUCAAAGCUAAUGUCUUCUGGAUGGCUUCGUUUGAUAUGUACUUCAAGGGAAUUUUUUACUGGUAUGCAGCUUCUGUUCCACAAGAUAAUGAAGUCAUCCUUUCAUUCGAUAUGAGCGAUGAGGUGUUUCAUAAUAUACCACUUCCAGAUAACUUCCGUAACAUCAAUGGGUGGCUUAAGAGUCUUGCAGUACGGAAUGACUCCAUUGCUCUUUUAUUGUAUAAUAGAGGAGGGGAUAAUACUCAAUUUUCGUCUUUUGAAAUAUGGGUGAUGGAUGACUCCAAGGAGGUGAAAGGUUCAUGUAUAAAACACUUAAGCAUUGGAACUUUACAGGACAUUUUGAUUCCACUGAAAAUUUGGAAGAGCGAUGAGCUUCUUAUAGUUAGCGCUAAUGGGCAUAUAGUCUUCUACAACUUAAGCACAAAAACACGCAAGUACGUUUCUAUUCGUGGCGUGGAUAAUCCAAGAUUUAUUCAAGCUGCUGUUUAUGUGAAUAGUGUUAUUUCUGUCAAGGGAGACAACACACUUCACGUUCUAUCAAGAGAGACAACACGCUUAAUUGAGGGCUCAAAUGUUUUUGCAUACAUAGAAAGUGGUGGAUUGCCAUUGUAA